CAUGAUUCUACCGGAAUAUCUGUUUACUGCUGUGAUGGACAUAUCAGGACACUCUCAACCCUUUAUAAAUACAGACCUUCACUUCUAGGCAUUACGUAAGGACAAUGAAGCUCUUCGUUGUGUGCCUGCUCUGUCUCUUGGAUUUUGGAUAUGUGAUAGGAAAAGAGAUAACAUACUACAUUGGAAUUAGAGAGAUAAAUUGGGAUUAUGCCCCCAGCGGAAUGAAUACAAUUUCUGGAAAAUCCAUUGAUGAUGAUGAGCAUGCCAGCACCUUUUUGCAGCCUGGUCCCAAUAGAAUAGGCAGAGUCUAUAAGAAAGCUGUUUACCUACAAUACACAGAUGACUCAUAUGCAGAAGAAAUGAAGAAACCAAACUGGCUGGGAUUCCUGGGCCCUAUUAUGACUGCUGAAGUUGGUGACACAAUGACCAUUCAUCUUAAAAACUUUGCUUCCCGGCCAUACACCCUUCAUCCACACGGAGUGCAAUACACAAAGGAAAAUGAAGGAGCAAUUUAUCCAGAUAAUUCCUCAAAGGCCCAGAAUAAAGGAGAUGCUGUCAAGCCUGGUGAAUCGUAUACUUACACAUGGGAUGUUGUUGAAGAUCAAGGGCCAACUGACUGGGUUGAGGACUGUGUGACCAGGGUUUAUCAUUCACAUAUUGAUGGUCCUAGGGAUGUGUAUUCUGGACUUGUUGGACCCUUGAUUAUCUGUAAGGAAGGUGUCCGAGAUGGAGCAAAGGCAAAAAAGUAUGAGGAAUUCAUCUUGAUGUUCUCUGUGAUAGAUGAAAACCUUAGUUGGUAUUUGGAUGACAAUAUCAAUUCUUAUUGCACUGACCCUGCUUCUGUGGAUAAAGAAGAUGAGGACUUUCAGGAGAGUAACCUAAUGCAUUCUAUCAAUGGAUACAUGUAUGGGAACCUACCAGGUCUCUCCAUGUGUGAUAACACGAAGAUAAAGUGGUAUCUGUUCGGCAUGGGGAAUGAAGUGGAUAUACAUUCAGCAUAUUUCCACGGUCAGGUGUUAACACAUCAGCGUUUUCGUGUGGACACUCUUAGUCUCUUCCCGGCAACAAUGAUCGAAGGGGAAAUGAUUACCAAGAACCCUGGGAAAUGGCUCCUCAGCUGUCAGGUUAAUGACCACUUAGAAGGUGGAAUGCAAGCAAUCUAUGAAGUAAAGAACUGUACAGGCAAAUCAAAGUGUUCCAACUGUCAUUGGGGAGUUGUAAGACAUUAUUACAUUGCUGCAGAGGAAAUCAUCUGGGACUAUGGUCCAACAUCUAUCAAUCAAUUCACUGGACAGAAAUUAGAUCAUCCAGACAGUGAAUCAGCAACAUUUUUUGAGCGAGGUGAGAAGAGAAUCGGAGGGCGCUAUAAGAAAGUGGUUUACAUAGAGUACACAGACUCAACUUUCACUAAGCGGAAAGAAAGAUCCAGCGAGGAAGCACAUCUUGGAAUCCUUGGGCCAGUCAUUUUGGCACAGGUAGGAGAUUUUAUCAAGGUAACAUUUAAGAACAAUGCAAGCCGUCCAUACAGUAUACAGGCCCAUGGAGUAAGCUACACAAAAGACAUGGAAGGUGCUGUGUACAAAACAGACAACAAUGAAGAGCUGAAUACACAGUCCCAGGCUUCUCACGUGGACCCUGGAGAUGUAUUUACAUACGAGUGGAAUGUUCCAAGAAACGUGGGCUCUACCAUUCAUGAUCUGAACUGUUUGCCAUGGCUUUACUACUCAUCAGUUGAUGUUGUCAGAGAUACGAAUUCUGGUCUUGUGGGUCCUUUGUUAGUGUGUAUGACCUUAAUUAACAACAAACAGAGAGGUGUAGCACACAAUUACUUUGUGAUGCCUAAUGUUUUUGAUGAGAACAAAAGUUGGUAUCUGGAGGAGAACAUUAAGCUAUUUACAAGCAGCCCUCACACUGUGAACAAGGAAGAUGCAGAUUUCCAGGAGUCCAAUAUGAUGCAUUCUAUCAAUGGCUACAUGUAUGGAAAUCAGCCUGGGCUGGACAUGUGUACAGGAGAUUCAAUCCGCUGGUCUAUGAUUGGGCUUGGCACAGAGGUUGACAUGCAUGGAAUCCACUUCUCAGGCAACACCAUACAAGUCCAUGAUGUAACAAGGGAUGUAGCAAGCGUAUUUCCACACAUCUCAUACGCAGUAAUAAUGAAUCCUGACAAUGAAGGUGUUUUCGAUGUGGAGUGUAUGACUACAGACCAUUACACAGGAGGAAUGAGGCAGCAGUACAGAGUUAAAUCAUGUAAUAAGCAGACGCCUAAAGUUGGGAUUUCCCCUAUACGCACCUAUUACAUUGCAGCCGAAGAAAUAGAAUGGGAUUACUCUCCAUCCCGAACCUGGGUACAUGAGAGACACUCGUUCCAUGCUGAGAGCCCUGCAGAUAUAUUUUUAAACAAGAGCCGAACAUCUAUUGGUUCAAAAUACAAAAAAGCUGUAUACAGGGAAUAUACAGACAACACCUUUACCGCACGGAAGGAAAGAACAGCAAACCAAGAGCAUUUGGGUAUUCUAGGUCCACUCAUAAAAGCAAAUACGGGUGAUGAAAUUCAUAUAAUAUUUAAGAACAAGGCAAGCAGACCAUACUCAAUGUAUGCCCAUGGUAUAAUGCUAGCAGAUAAUGAAAUCAAACCAGCUGAACCUGGACAUAUAGUGACAUACAUAUGGAAAAUUCCCAAUCGCUCUGGACCUAAUAGGCAUGAAGGAGAUUGUGUGACAUGGGCUUAUUACUCCACAGUUGACCAAACUAAGGACUUGUACAGUGGAUUGAUUGGGCCCCUUGUAAUCUGCAAGAAAAUCUUAUUACCAUUCUUCUUACCCAGAGUAUCUCCCUCUCGCUUCGCUCUUCUUUUUAUGGUUUUCAAUGAGAAUGAAUCCUGGUAUCUAGAUGAAAAUAUCAAGACAUACUCCAACUAUCCAGAUGAGGUGAAGAAAGAUGAUGAGAAAUUUGUUGAGAGUAAUUUGAUGCACGGUAUAAAUGGAAGAAUGUAUGCCAACUUACCUGGCCUUACUAUGCACGUUGGAGAUGAUGUAAUGUGGCAUCUCAUUGGCCUGGGGAAUGAAGUGGACAUACACACAGUCCAUUUCCAUGCACACAGUUUUGAAUACAAGACUGGAGUCGUUUAUCGGUCAGAUGUAUUUGAUCUUUUCCCUGGGACUUUUCAAACUGUUAAGUUCACUGCAAAGAACCCUGGAACAUGGCUAUUACACUGUCAUGUGUCUUACCACAUCCAUUCCGGAAUGGAAGCUUUAUAUACAGUACUGGAAAAAAAAGAAACUUUGAAAAAAUUAUUAAACCUACAUCUGGACAUUUGAGGCAUGCUGGAAAAAUAAAGCAUAAGCAACCUAGAUAUACAAUGACAUAAAACCCCACUUAAUUAUGCUGUGCAAUUCAACUGUGUGUACCGCUGAAGAAUGAGUUUACCAAAAUAAAACAAAUAGUUACUAA